UUCGUUGGGUUAACGAUUGGGAUAUACGAUUGACCGAAACUCCCCCGCCUUCACAACGGUCACAUCGAUUUACAGUGUUAAAACGACCUCGUUUACCGCUCUCCUUAUUCUUUUAAUCCCUAUCCAAAAACCUAGAAAAACAAAUAUCGCAUUGAUCUCUCAAAUCAAAACCCCUAAAACCCUCAAAUCCCCUACCAUGGCAAUCGCGAGAACGGGCGUCUACGUCGACGAUUAUUUGGAGUACUCAAGCACCUUGCCAGCUGAGCUUCAAAGACUCCUCAAUACAAUUCGAGAACUCGAUGAACGGUCCCAAUCUAUGAUUAAUCAGACGAGGCAGCAAACUAAGUAUUGUUUAGGAAUUGCGGCGAACAGAGGGAAUGGAAAUAGUUAUAUGAAUAAUGGUCAUGAAGAUGAGGAAACCGUUGAGAAAAUGAGGAAGGAUAUAGAGGCCAGUCAAGAAAAUGCACUGAGUUUGUGCACUGAGAAGGUUUUGCUGGCGCGGCAAGCUUAUGAUUUAAUAGAUAGCCACGUAAAACGUCUUGAUGAGGAUUUGACCUACUUUGCAGAGGAUCUAAAGCAAGAAGGAAAAAUUCCACCGGAUGAGCCUGCCAUUCUCCCUCCACUACCUAUUGUUCCUCCAAAGGUUGAGAAACGCAAGUUUUUUUAUGGAACACCUCAAUCAAAGAGACUGGAUUAUAGGGAUAGAGAUUGGGAUCGAGAGCGUGAUAGGGAUUUUGAACUGAUGCCUCCUCCAGGAAGCCAUAAGAGAGAUUUUGCUACCCCUCUUGAUGUUGAUCAACCCAUUGAUCCAAAUGAACCUACUUAUUGUGUCUGCCAUCAGGUGUCAUUUGGAGAUAUGAUUGCUUGUGACAAUGAAAAUUGCCAAGGAGGUGAAUGGUUCCAUUAUGCUUGUGUUGGGCUGACACCGGAGACAAGAUUCAAGGGAAAGUGGUACUGCCCGACCUGUAGGAUGCUUCCACAAUGCCAAUAAAGACAUAUAUCUGUAUUGCAUGAUCUGGGAUGUUUAAGUAAAAUUGCACAUUAUGCAAUCUAAGCAAACCUUUUCAGAGUUUAGGAAGUAGUUAACUGUAAUUCAAUCAAGGGAUAUAGGUGUUGUUACAAAGCUUUGAACCAUUAAAUUUGACAAAGCUUCAGAUUCUUUGAAGUAAAUGUGCAGAAAUCUAACUUUUGAUGGAUUGUAUACGAUCAGAUGUUGCAAGA